AUGCGACAUGAAGGCGAUGGAGUGGCUAAAGCGAUGGCCGCCCCUUUUCAGUCUGUCUCGAAUAAGGCACGAUCAAGUGUGGCCUACUCGAAGUCGGCGCUCCACAUAAAUGGUCGAUAUGUUGAGCUCGACGAUUUCAAUGCGCCAGCCGAUCCAAUUACGCCUCAAGGUCGAUCCGCCGCUUCCAAACCUUCUCGCAACAAAUUCUACUUCCCUAAUACCCUCUGGUCUCGCUUUUUUGCUCUUAUUGGAAUUUUCGAGACACUUUUUACUGUCGGGAUUGAAACUUGGGUGUUCAUCAGCGUUUCGAGGCGAUUCGACGAAGAUGACAACAAUGUCGGUACAUUACGGCUUCGGUCUUUCCUUGGCCUCUACAUCUUCGCUCUUCUCUACGAACUCGCCCUUUCAUACGAUGCGCUGAAGCGCAGGAAUACAUUUCAAUUGGUCGGACUUUGCCUCUGCAAUUUUGGGCUCUUCGUCUACGGAAUUGUCCAGAUGAGAGAGAUAAGAGAAACCAUCAGCGGUCUUUCAAUAAGCGAAGCGGCCGGGGAGCUACUUUGGAAACAUUACCGAAUAGAGCUCAUAUUGAUCCCCGUUUUUAUUGGGGUCUGUACAAUUCUGAUGAUCUUCGUGACGUGGAGGUUGCGAGCCGAGAACUCGUGGAUCAUCUACCAGAGUAUGAGCGCCGAUCUGCAAAUGAACCGCCGCUAUUUUACAUAUCAGGUCUAUAUUGCUCUACUCAAAUUCGAUUUCUUUUUCAUAUUCGGCACACAACUCCAAGUUAUACUUGCGAUGAACGAUUUCAAGGACAGCGAUUUCAUAUUGCAAGUCGCCAUGAUUCCGGUAUCGAUUGUGAUUCUGAUCCUGGGAGCCCGCUUCUGUCGAUUGGAGAAGAAGAAGUCGCUUAUUGUCGUUAUGAUUUUUAAGCUUGUCAUUGCGGCGAGCUUCGUAUUAGUGAUUCGACAAACCUACUCCUCUUCGAAAAGUAAUAACUUAGCUUACUUUAAAGUCUCUCUAACCUUAUUUUCUGGACUGGCGGUACUUUUACUCGGUAUCACCAUUGUUAACAUGGUAUUCUGCAUGGUCAACUUUGGGAAAGGACUGAAGGAACACAUCAACCAUUCUGAUAAGAAGAAGCAGACUCCCGACCCAGAGUACCAGGGAAGUGUGGCUGGUAAGCAACGGUUUGUCCUCACUUGA